UCCCGCAGGCGGGAGACGUUGGUGAUAGCUGCUCCACUCUCUGCGCAUGAUCACCACCGCGGGUGCACCCCGCGCCGGUGGCUGUGGCAGACGCCGCGAUCCUUCGCGCCCCGCUCUAGCGUCCCCCUUCCGGUUGAGCGCGAGCUGCCAGGCAGAACGAGCCCUUUUCCGAUCCGAGUACUGGUCGAGUCUCUCAGUCCCCGCGUCCCCGCACCUGUGCCCUUUGAUGACGUCCCUCAUCCGGCUCCUCGCGGACCGCACGCGGCUGGCUGGGACAGGAUCCGGGUCCCGCGCGGCCGGGGGGCGGGGCUGAGCCGCGGUCGCUGGCCGGCGUCCACAGGUGGACAGCUUGGAGGACCCCAAAGGCCUUGCCUGUCACGGCGCCUACCCUGGCCAGAUAACUAUCCAAGAAAGCAUCAUGAAAGAUAGUGAUAUCAAGAAGCUAUUUUAUAUGCAUCUUUUGUGCAUAUUUUCCAUUAUCCUAAGCACCUUCAUUCCAUCAUUCUUCUUGGAGAACUUUUCAGUAUUAGAAACUCACUUGCUGUGGUUGUGCAUAUGCUCUGUUUCUGUAACUGCCAUCAAUCUCCUAUUAUACUUCGUUGUGAAACCAAAUGUAUCCUCUAAAAGAAGUUCACUGUCAUAUAAGGUAGCCAGAUUUUUGAAAUGCUGUAUCUACUUUUUAAUAUCUUGUCUCUUCCUUCAUGUGAUUUUUGUUUUAUAUGGAGCGCCACUGUUAGAGCUGGUGUUGGAAACAUUUUCAUUUGCAGUUAUUUUGUCUACUUUUACUGUUGUACCUUGUUUAUGUUUACUAGGACCAAACCUCAAAGCAUGGCUAAGAGUCUUCAGUAAAAAUGGCGUUAAUUCCAUUUGGGAGAACAGUCUCCAGAUCACUACUAUUUCUAGUUUUGUAGGAGCAUGGCUCGGAGCAUUUCCUAUUCCACUGGAUUGGGAAAGACCAUGGCAGGUAUGGCCCAUCUCCUGUACACUUGGAGCGACCUUUGGCUACGUGGCUGGCCUUUUCAUUUCACCACUCUGGAUAUACUGGAAUAGAAAGCAACUGACAUAUAAGAACAAUUAAGAGGAACAAAGGGAGAAGAUAAUUCUUUGUGCAGAUUCUGCAAGAGAUGUGCAGAAAUGUAGAUGGUCAAAGCCAAGCAGUUCCAUUUACAGCACUGAUUUUUAUGUAGUUUCAACGUGAUGUGAUUGUAGCUUUUUAAACUAUGAAACCCCUGAGAGAUUGUACCUUCUAGUGGAAAUAAAGUAUUUAUAAUAGAUUGUGGCUUCA